AUGAACCCGGAUGAUUUACUAGUUCACCUUGUUAAAGUUCAGUCUGUGCUGUGUAAUAAAGUCGGACAGCUUCAGCAGCAAGACAAGAUCCAGACUCUUAUCGAUGCUAAGGCUAGCUUCGAUGCUAAGAUAGCAGAGCUUAGCUCCACCCCCAUUGUGGAGUCAUUUGGGUUUAAACACCUUGCAACAGAAGUAGAUACACUUUCUACCUAUAUUAAGCCCAUAGACUUAUUGACAACAUACUACAUUAAGCACCCUCGUCAACUUUCGCACAUUGGGAAGUUUUCUCUGACAGAAAGGGCGUCCCUCCUGACCAAGUAUUUGCGAGGCCGAGGCCUGCGAUCUCUUGGCAAGCGCUGCCUCUAUGAACUGCGAAGAAAAAUUGCCUGUGAUAGACCACGGGCAGGUGGUCGGUUUAUACGCCAGAAGGAUAAAGACAAUACUGUCCCCAUUAUGGGAGGGGCACAAUUGAGCACAAACAUGCCCAAUCUUCCUAUUCACCACAUGCUUAGCCAAACAUUCCCUCCUUCCACAGGAGCAUUGGGGGGAUCUAUCGAUCAACUGGCACCAAGGCCGAACCCAGUUCCGAUAUCCUCCUUCCUAGACACCAAGCCGUCUAUGUUCCACCCGUCUACUAGCCCUCGGUAUUUACAGUCUCAACAGCCACUCUCAAUGCAUCCACACUUCAAUCAAUCACCUAAUUUCCACAUGGGCCCCUCUCCAUAUGAAAAUCUACAGUUAACAACGUUUAGCUCUAACACUUGGUCUACCAGUGCAUCUAUGCCCACGAAUAUCUUUUCAGCAACCAGUUCCAAUCAGGCAACCACUCUUCCGUCAGUCUCCCCUACUAACGUCAAGUGCUGCUGCUUACCAGAUAUGAGCAAUUACUUAGAGUGCCCUGUCCAUAGUCUGACAAGUUCUUCUGCCAGCUAUCCUACACACCUCAAUGCACUAUCAAUGCAGGUUCCCCAGUCUGUCUCACAUGCACACUGUCCUCUUGGAAGCUACUUAUCCAAUCCUGCAGACGUACCUAUAGUAGCUCAGUCUACCUCAAGUAAGAUAGCAGAGUAUGCCUCAUGCCUUCAGAUCUCUAACGCCCCAGUAGUCCCUCCAGGGUCUUCGCAGGCAUCUAAAGACGCAGCGGCUGCGUAUGUAGAGUCUGACGCUAUUCCAGAUAUGGGCUCAACUGCAAAUCGCGGUGUUCUUAAUGAGGAGACCCUCUCAGUGCACAUCUCCGACAAUGAUGAGGAGUGUUUGCUUUUCGGAUUAACUAAAAGGCCUAUAGAACAACAAAAGAUCGCUGUUCCCACCGUGCAAACUAUUUCUGAAUUAACAUCCAGCUUUAGUACGUACAACUCUGACUUAGAUGAUAAGCGCAGGUCAAAGCGAGGCAUACGGAGCCGCCUUGCCAGCAGGCCAGAUUCGGAACUCUCUGAUGUAUCUUUUAAUUCCGCCAUAUUUGCAGAUAGUUAG